AUGCCUAAUAGUAUCCGUGGCGCAGUCGCGCUGAACGACGAGAUUGUUUUAAAUGUUGCGGCGGGUAAAGCUCCAAUGCAAAUUUCCACGGAAGCAGCUGGAAUUCCUCAGAAAGCUAUAGAUGGGUCCACUUCGGCAUUUUUUUCUUCCGAUACAUGUUCGCUGACAAAAUCUGAACGAGUGCCUUGGUGGUAUGUCAAUCUACUAGAACCAUAUAUGGUACAGCUAGUACGACUGGAUUUCGGAAAAUCUUGUUGCGGUAAAAGUAAAACUGCUACAAUUGUUGUUCGAGUUGGAAACAACCGUCCUGACUUGGGUACCAACCCAAUCUGCAAUCGUUUUACUGGCACACUUGAAGAAGGACAACCUCUAUUUUUGCCAUGUAAUCCUCCAAUGCCUGGAGCUUUUGUAUCAGUUCAUUUGGAAAGUACUGCCCCAAGCCAGUUAUCUAUUUGUGAGUCUUUUGUGUAUACAGACCAAGCGCUUCCUAUUGAACGUUGUCCUGCUUUUCGAGAUCAACCCCCUGGCGCAUCAGCGUCAUACAAUGGUAAAUGCUACAUUUUCUAUAGUCGUCAGUCAGCAACGCUCCGUGAUGCACUUGCCUUUUGCCGAGCUCGUGGCGGUACUUUAAUAAACGAAAGCAAUCCUGCGCUACAAGGGUUCAUAAGCUGGGAGCUUUGGCGUCGUCACCGAAGUGAUACUUCAUCCCAAUACUGGAUGGGUGCAGUGAGGGAUGCACAGGAUCGCAACACUUGGAAAUGGAUAGGUGGUGAAGAAGUGUCCGUUUCAUUCUGGAACCUGCCAGGAGGCGAUGAAGAUUGUGCUCGAUACGAUGGCUCUAAAGGAUGGCUCUGGAGUGAUACGAAUUGCAAUAGUCAACUUAAUUUCAUCUGUCAGCACCAGCCAAAGGCAUGUGGUAGACCAGAGCAACCUCCUAAUUCAACCAUGAUUGCUCCAAAAGGAUUUGAUGUAGGCGCUGUUGUGGAAUAUAUAUGCGACGAAGGGCAUUUACUUGUUGGACCUCAACAUCGUACAUGUCUGGAGACUGGUUUUUAUAAUGAGUUUCCUCCAGUAUGCAAAUAUAUAGAAUGUGGAUUGCCUGCUUCUGUUCCUCAUGGAUUUUAUAAACUAAUUAAUGGGUCCAUUGGCUAUUUGAGUACUGUUAUGUAUCAAUGUGCAGAAGGUUAUGAGAUGGUUGGCAGAGCUGUGUUGACCUGUGACAUUGACGAACGUUGGAAUGGCCCUCCGCCGCGUUGCGAAUCAAUUGAAUGUGACCCUCUUCCCGCUAUUUUUCCAAAUGGUGACAUAGUUGUACCGAAUAUGACAGUUUUUGGCUCACGUGUUGAAAUAAUUUGCAAAAAUGGCUAUGUAGUCGAUGAUAAAUCAGAAAUUAUCUGUACAGCAUCUGGCCAGCGGGCGCUAUCCGAGAAGAACGCAGCGCGCGCCCGAAUGCUGCAGCGCGAAACCCGUCAGAACGUGGAACACUACAAACGACUGAGAACGCAGCAAACCCGGAUCUUCGAGAGCAAGAAGCGUCGCUUCGAGGAGUCGGACGAACAACUCAUGGAGCAGCUAUCUCAGUCGGGGAAAUCUCGCCAGUUCUAUAAGAUGUUGAAGAAGUCACAAGGCGGCUUCACGCCAAACGUCGCAAUGUGUCGAGACGAGGAGGGCAACAUUUUUACAGACGAGCGAGAGGUGAUCGAAAGGUGGAAGUGCCACUUCAACGGGCACCUGAACGGAGCGAAAUUAGGGGAGUCCAGCAGCAGUGCAAGCAGAAUUGAGCAGCACAUUAGCCGGGAGGAAGAUGACGAGGUGCUCCCACCAUCCUUGGAAGAAGUCACUAGCACCAUCAAGCAGCUGAAACAUAAAAAAGCAGCUGGCAGCGAUGUCUGGUGA